UGUAAACCCAGAUUUUAGUUUUAAUUAACCUUUUUAGUAGUCAUUAGUUAAUCUUUUGUGUUUAGUAAAAAGUGGGUCUCAUUACAAAAUACAAUUCGUUGAUUGCAAUUAUUUAAGUGAAAUGUUUAAUGCAACGAUCAUGUUUAGUAGACAUUACACGUUUUGUUAUGUUUAUGCGAGGGGAGGAGUUUAUUCGAAAUUUGAACAUCGCUGUUAGUGUCAACUGUCCUGUGGCUCCUGCGCGCUGAAAACAACUGCGACAGAGGAUUUUUCGGGAACGGAGGGCUUUUGGAGUGCGGCUUCAUACAAAGUGACAGGUGAGUGUGGAAAAGAUGUUUAUUCGAAAGACCGGUGGAGUGACAGCAGCUUACCUAAACGCACGAGUUAGCUCUACAGCGAAGUCUUUGUCACUCUCACCAUUUCAGUUUAGCUAAGGUUAGCAUUAAUGUUAAUGCUAAUGUUAAUGAACUGUUUUGUAACAUUCAAGUUCAAGCCAUUGUUGUGCUUCAAGGUUAGCAUUCAGGUUAACGUUUCUGCUGAGGCAAUGUCGAACGAAAAAGUUAGCGUUUAGGUUAUUGUUAUUAUUAUUAUUUUGUCGAGCCACUGUUGAGCUAAAUAGAGAGCGCUUAAUGGUAGCCUUCAUGUGAGUGGGUUAAUACAUGCAUGUGCCGAUAUUUUAAAAGAACGGUCAAAAGCUUUUUUCACUUCACCUGUUUUAUUUUAUGAUUUUCAAUGAUGCCGUGGAACUGCAAGUAUUGUGAGUUCAUAUGUGAUAAAAGGGGUUACUUGUUAAAACAUUACAGGUUAAAACAUGGGAGCUACGGUAGAACAGUACCUUUCCCUUGCUUACACCCAGAUUGUUUGUGCACAUUCAACUCCAUUAAUGCGCUAAAAGUCCAUCUAUCUAAACUUCAUCAGGAAGCAAGUGUUGUAGAGGUGUGCCAAACUGUCUUUCAUUGUCAGUCAUGUGAUUUUUCAGCAUCCUGCACAGAAGCAGAUUUUUUCUCUCAUUUGCGGAAAACACAUUUAAAAGUUAAUCACAGAGUGCAGUGUCCGUACAAAGCCUGCAACUUUCAUACUCAUGUGUACUCCACAUUUAAUGCACAUGUGAGUAAAGAGCACAGAACAGAUGACUGGAAAAUGUUGAAGCCAGAGGUAGUCUCAGGGAAUGUGACAGAAGAAACGGCUCAAGAACAUGUGCUUCAAAAUGACGUGCUUGAUCCAGAAGACAGUGAGGAUCACAGCAAAGAUGAGCUUUACGAUCUAAGUAAGCAUUUAGAGCACAGCUUUGCAACCCUGUUUUUAAAGAUGCAAACUGUUCUUCAUAUUCCUGAAAGUUCUGUACAAGAGGUUAUAGAGCAGUUAGUACAGUUGUGUGAAAUGUCUCUGCCACUGCAGUACAAUUCAGUCAGAGACAUUCUGAAAUGUCACACAGAUGUCGAUGAUUCAACUGUUAGAGAAAUAGUCAGGGCUGUCUCAGAGAGCAAUGUCAUAACUAAAUUUUGUGGCAAGGAUGGCCCCUUAUCAACCACUAAAAGAAGAGCAACAUAUGUGGGCAAAAACUUUACACUGAUUAUGCCAGUAGAGUAUAUUAUUGAAAGGGGGAAAAAAUGCAGUGCUGUGUAUGUUCCUCUUAAUGCAAUGUUACAGAAAAUGUUGAGCAGGACAGACAUUUUGGACAAAGCUCUACCAGUACAACAGCAUGUGCCACACGAGUACAGCACAUACAGAGAUGGUUCAUACUGCAAAGAAAAUGAUCUCCUUAAAGGAGAAGAGUUCAAAAUUGCUGUUGCACUUUACACAGAUGAAUUUGAAGUGUCCAACCCCUUAGGGACAUCUAAAAAGAAACACAAAAUGAGUGCUGUGUAUUGGGUGAUAGCUAAUGUACCAUCACAAUACAGAUCCACACUCCCAUCCAUUCAGCUAGCUGUUUUGUGUAAAGCCUCAGUUGUGAAAGAGUAUGGCUAUGCAGAAAUUUUCCACCCUCUUAUCCAAGAUCUUGUUUAUUUGGAGCAACAUGGACUAUAUAUUGAGAAGCUGGGAGCAUGUGUUAAAGGGACUGUGAUUUAUGUGGCGGCUGAUAACUUGGCUGCUCAUUCUUUGGCAGGAUUCUACGAGAGCUUUGCAGUGAACAGGUUCUGCAGGUUCUGCAUGGCAACCAGGAGUGAGAUCCAAGACAAGGAAGUAUGUUCAGGCACCUUUGAACCUCGAACUAAAGACAGUCACAACCAACAGGUGCAAGAGAUGACUGCAACACAGAAGAUGAUCUUGAGGGUCAUUCUCACAGAGGCGGAUAUAAGAAAAGUCAGCCUAAAUGCAAAGCCUGCUACGGUAGAGGAUUUGAUUAGCAAGCUCAAAGAAUCUCUGGGGCUUGAUUACAACUGCAUUCUCCAGUUCCAGGACCCUGAAUUCAAUUAUGAACUAUGUAAUCUGACUGAUAUUGCUGAUCUUCCAGAAAAACCAACAAUCAAAGUCAUCCCUCUGCUUGAACUAGUACCUAUCUCAGCAUCAGCAGAAAUAUCGAGUGACACUCACAGUACAACAGAUACAGAGAUCCUCUCACCCUCCCCUCAGGAGCGACAGAUAGGGUGGCCAGAAUUCUUUGAUAUCCCAAACUUUUCUGUUGAUGUUGAGUAUCGUCUGAGGCAAGCAGAUCUAUUAUACGUAAAGGACAGAACACUCUUUAAGGUUUCAAAGGAAGUCAAACAUGAGAUCCUUGAAAAAUUGGCUGAGAGCAUGUAUGGCUAUACAGCAUAUCCAAAUAAUGCUCAGUUUGAAAGUGUGGCAACGGCACUGAUAACUAAGCACCCCUGUCUCCAGGAACAAGGCUCAUCCAGUCGCUGCAGUGGUUGGAAAAAUAGUUUAAAAUAUAAAAUGGCUAAUUACAGAACCAAGCGAAGACGAUCAGGAUGCCUUGAUGUUGCAGUAAAUUCAGGCAAACGUGGGAGGCACUCACCAGAAGGAGUACCUGCUAACAAGCAUAUCAAGAAGGCCAAGAAAGGUGAACUGAACUACUUGCCCAACUUUCCAGAUGGUUUUGAUCAGGCAGGCCUUGAAGAUGCUCGCAAAAAGUUGGUUGAUGAAAUGCAAAAGAGAACACCAGACAGAUGGCUUGUGAAACAAAAGAUGGACCUGACAUUUGCAUUAAGAAGAAAAGAGGUGGUGGAGUCUGAACCUGCCAUAAGCCUGAUGAUGGAGCGAUGGCCUGCUAUUUUCACAGAAGAUCAGGUGUACAUGGAGUUCAGCAGGAUUGUGGGCAAGAAUCUUAAGCAGGAGUUCUAUGAAGGAAUUGAUCAACACAGUUCUCGUCUUAUGGAGAUAUUUCGCUCAAAGAGAGGGAAUGUUGGGCAGAUGUUGACUCUGCUUUUACAACAGAUCAGGACUAAUGAGCCGACUGACAUCCGCACACUGGUGCUCAGAGGACUUCCUCUUCUGCUUGGUGACAACCCUACAGACUUCUACAAAACAUACAUCGGUGAUGAUGGCGACUCGCUCCACCAAGUUGACAUUGGGAUCCUCAUUGUUGAACAGGAAGGUCCAUCAUCCUUUAAGAUUGUCAUUGAGGGAGAAACUGUCAUGGACAGUCUUCAAGACCUGCCAAAGGCUGUGUGCAUCCUGUUUGGACUGAUGUACGCAUUACACCUUAACUAUCCCAAGUCCAUGAGAAACACCUUCCAGUUCAUCCAGCAGGUACUCCUGAUGUUGGGCCAUACUGACCUGAAACCUAGAUUACAAACAUUGAGAAACCAGCUGACAAUUUAAAGGAUGCUAAAUCAAGCACACUGUGAAAGCCAUGGCUAGUUUGUUCAAUUGCAUGUCAUGUGUACAGGGUGAACUACGUUUGAAUCAAAGGCCAUACAAAAAUGUAUACAAGGCCAUAUACCAGAAAACCUCAAGCUGUACCUGUUUGGUCUGCCUGUAUUAAGGUGCAAAUAUUUGCUUUCCAGAUUUUGUGGAUUUGUUCUGACCAUUAUUUUGUUGAAUACUAUAAUGAAUGCAAUGCUUUUACUUCUCUUUAUUCUGCCAUCUAUUAGAUCUGAUGCAGGCAUAUCUCCAGCUGAUGAUUGUUUAUAUUUUUUUUUGUGUUCAAUCACAUGUUCUAAUAUUUUAUGAAAGACCAGAGAAAAUUUUCUGUUUUCAUAUAAGCAGUUUGUUUGAAAUGGCACAAAGAAACUCCAACAAAUGAUGUAUGGAAGAACUUACCUGCCUUGAUCAUAAGACCACCAACCUGGCCUCAACUUUCAAACUUUACUGAGGCAGGAAAAAAAGGUUUUGAUUUUUGUUUGUCCACUGUAAACUUCAUGAUUUUACUUUACAAUUUUGGCAAGUUCAUGUUGGUGCAUCCAAUUAUUAGGAAAUAAAACAUGUUGCAACUACUGAA